GUCCCGGGUCGGGCAGGCGCCAUGGAAGCGUCGGGCCCCGUCCCCUCCGCCGCCGCAUGCGCAUACAGCAGCUGCUACUGUGAGGAAAAUAUCUGGAAGCUGUGCGAAUACAUCCAAAACCGUAAUCGGUAUCCUCUGGAAGAAUUUUAUGCCGUCUUCAUAUCGAAUGAGAGAAGGAUGGUUCCGAUCUGGAAGCAACGAGCCGAGCCAGGAGACGGACCCGUAAUCUGGGAUUACCACGUAGUUCUGCUUCACCUUUCCAGUGGAGGACAGAGCUUCGUCUAUGACCUCGACACCGUGUUGCCGUUUCCGUGCGCCUUCGACGCGUACGUAGAGGACAGCUUUAAAUCCGACGACGACAUUCUGCCUCGGUUUAGAAGGAAACUGAGAGUGAUUCCGGCAGACUGUUAUCUGAAGAACUUUGCCUCCGACCGAUCUCACAUGAAAGAUUCCAGCGGAAACUGGCGGGCUCCCCCUCCCCUCUACCCCUGCAUCGAAACGGCGGACAGCAAGAUGAACCUGGACAGUUUUAUCAGUAUGAAUCCUGAGACGGGGUGGGGGGCUGUGUACCCCCUCCCCGACUUCGUGCGGCGAUUCAGCUGCAAGCGCUGAGCUCGGCCGUCGGACGUGGAAGCGUGGAGCGAUGCGGGGACUGGCGCCUGCCUUCUCUCCGCGACGACUUCAGAUCCGGUGCCGCGGAGCCUUUGUAGCCUUUGGAGGAGGUGGCCCGACGUUCGGCGCCAUCCCCCUUUUAACCCCUCCUGGUUAACGGGGAGUCCGGCGGAGAUCAUAAACUGGACGGGGGAGACAUCGAGGGGACCGGACCCAAAGGGUGUCCGAGAAAGUUGUUCUUUAUUUCCGUCGUUUCGAUUUCCCCCUUCGGCGAAUGACGGUCCGUCCGGGGAGCGGUACGGUCCUCUCGAUGGACGAGACGAAGGUGUCCGUCCGCUGUAAUCUGUUUGCCUGGUUUCUGUCUUCUGGAACUGUACCGAAAAGGAGGGAUCGGAAUACGGGAUCGUUGAUAAUGAUGAUGAUCGCAAUAAUAAUAAGAGUCGUGGUAAUCAGUAAGUGCUUACCGUGCACCGGGUGGUAAGUACAAAACAAUCACAUCAGA